AUGUGCGUGGUGUUUACAGGUCCCGUGGCAGUGAUCAGCGGAGAGGAGGAUUCAGCCAGUCCCCUCCACCACAUCAACCACGGCAUCACGACGCCUUCGUCCCUGGACGCUGGCCCAGACACGGUGGUGAUCGGCAUGACUCGCAUUCCCGUCAUCGAGAAUCCCCAGUACUUCCGACAAGGUCACAACUGCCACAAGCCAGACACGUAUGUCCAGCAUAUUAAGAGGAGAGACAUCGUUUUGAAGAGGGAGCUGGGAGAAGGUGCCUUUGGGAAGGUGUUCUUGGCCGAGUGUUACAACCUCAGCCCCACCAACGACAAAAUGCUGGUGGCAGUGAAGGCGCUGAAAGACCCCACCUUGGCAGCCCGCAAGGAUUUCCAGAGGGAGGCAGAGCUGCUCACCAACCUGCAGCAUGAGCACAUCGUCAAGUUUUACGGCGUCUGUGGUGACGGUGACCCACUCAUCAUGGUCUUCGAGUACAUGAAGCAUGGUGACCUGAACAAGUUCCUGAGGGCACAUGGCCCAGAUGCUAUGAUCCUCGUGGAUGGGCAGCCUCGACAAGCCAAAGGGGAGCUAGGGCUAUCCCAGAUGCUCCACAUCGCUAGCCAGAUCGCCUCUGGAAUGGUGUACCUUGCCUCCCAGCACUUUGUCCAUAGAGACCUGGCCACCAGGAACUGCUUGGUCGGAGCCAACCUGCUGGUGAAGAUUGGAGACUUUGGGAUGUCAAGAGAUGUCUACAGCACUGAUUACUACAGGGAAGGGCCGCGUCCGAAGGGCCAGUUCAGCGCAGCGUGGCAGCGACAGAGACUGGCACCGCCGGCAGCUGCAACAGUUGGAGGACACACCAUGCUGCCUAUCCGCUGGAUGCCUCCGGAGAGCAUCAUGUACAGGAAGUUCACAACAGAGAGUGACGUCUGGAGCUUUGGGGUGAUCCUCUGGGAGAUCUUCACGUAUGGGAAGCAGCCCUGGUUUCAGCUCUCAAACACAGAGGUCAUUGAGUGCAUUACCCAAGGCCGAGUUUUGGAAAGGCCUCGAGUCUGCCCCAAGGAGGUUUACGACAUCAUGUUGGGCUGCUGGCAGAGAGAACCUCAGCAACGGCUCAACAUCAAGGAGAUCUACAAGAUUCUUCAUGCUCUGGGCAAGGCCACACCAAUCUACCUGGACAUCCUUGGCUAGCAGUGGCCACUUGUUGAAAGUCCCUGCUCCUUCCUUCCGUCCUUCCUUCCCUCUCCCCCUCCCAAGACCUUUGCCCCUCAGCUCCCAAGCAAACAUCUUCAUAUAAACUCAAGUGCCUGCUACACAUACAACACUGAAAAAAACAAAAACAAAAACAAAAAGCAAACCAAGAAAAAUCCCACAAAACAACAACCUGUAAGGCAGUUUGGCUUAUAUAUAUUUAUAGAUAUCUCUCUAUAUAUAAACUUCCACACCAAUACAGAAAGAAGCUGCUGUUAC